CGAGUCAGGCCAUCAUAGGGGUUGUCCCACCAACCAUUGUAGGCUGUAUCUCACAUCUAUUUUUAUCUGACACAUUGUCGGUAACGAAUUAACUUGUCGUUUUAAACUACGUUUUUAGCGGUUUUGGUUAAAAAUAGUCAUAAGUAAAGUUACAUAUUACAUUAAGUCGGUAUUAACGAACCUUACACGAGUUUUACUCCAGUAAUCUACGCGAUAAAGUGUUACAAGCGCCUCGUUCUUAGUCUUGUUUGAAUCUAAACCUUCUGUCGACCAACAUGGACCAACUUGAAGUAACUACAAAAGAAACCAAGAGCCCAUGGGGCGCUCCUGUCCUGGCACCAGCUCCCUUCCUGGCUGAUGUUAUGAGUGAGCAACUGGCCCGACAGCUGCAUGAGGAGGGCAGCCCUUUCCCAGAAAUCCCAGAUACUGAUCUGGACCUGACCUGCGCUCCUGAAGCAGACACGGCCAGCGACCUGAUUCUGGCCCAGAUGCUUCAGAUGCAGUUCGAUCGCGAGUUUGAUACGCAGCUGCGCAGGGAGGAGAAGAAGUUUAAUGGAGACAGCAAAGUCUCCAUAUCCUUUGAGAACUACCGCAUGGUUCAUCCAUAUGAGGACAGUGACAGCUCUGAAGAUGAGGUCGAUUGGCAAGACACUCGCCAUGACCCCUACAGAGCUGACAAACCAACAACGACCCCUAAAAAGGGAUUUGUUGGGAAAGGCAAGAACAUCACCACCAAGCACGACGAGGACGUCUGUGGACGGAAGAACACGGCACGCAUGGACAACUUUGCUCCGGAGGUGCAGGUGGGAGACGGGAUUGGCAUGGACCUGAAGCUCUCCAACCAAGUGUACAACGCUCUGAAACGCCACUGUCACACCGAGCAGCGCCGUAGCGCUCGACUUCAUGAGAAGAAGGAGCACUCUACUGCUGAACAAGCUGUGGACCCCAGGACCAGACUGCUCAUGUACAAAAUGGUGAAUGCUGGGAUACUGGAGAACAUCAAUGGCUGCAUCAGCACAGGAAAAGAGUCUGUGGUUUUCCAUGCUAAUGGAGGGAGCUUUGAAGAGAAGAUUGUUCCAGAAGAGUGUGUCCUCAAAGUUUUCAAGACCACUCUGAAUGAGUUUAAGAACCGGGACAAAUAUAUCAAGGAUGACUACCGCUUCAAAGACCGCUUCAGCAAGCUGAAUCCUCGCAAAAUUAUCCGCCUGUGGGCUGAGAAGGAGAUGCACAACCUCACCAGGAUAAAGAAAGCAGGGAUCCCGUGUCCUGAGGUGGUGAUUCUGAAGAAGCAUAUCCUAGUGAUGUCAUUCAUUGGAAAGGACCACGUUCCUGCACCUAAACUGAAGGAUGCUAUUCUGAGUUCUGAGGAUAUGAAGAAAGCAUACUACCAAGUGCUAAACAUGAUGCAGCGUCUGUAUCAAGACUGUAACCUGGUUCAUGCUGAUUUGAGUGAAUACAACAUGCUCUGGCAUGAUGGACAGGUGUGGUUCAUUGAUGUGAGUCAGUCCAUAGAGCCCACUCACCCUCACGGUCUGGAGUUCUUGUUCAGAGACUGCAGAAAUGUGGCCACAUUUUUCCAGAAAGCUGGUGUGGCUGAAGCUCUCAAUGUGUUUGAGCUGUUCAACACGGUGUCUGGACUGCAGAUCAGCAGCGAUAAUGAGGCUGAUUUCUUAGCCCAGAUUGAAGCUCUGGAGAAAAGAAAUGAAGAUCAUGUGCAGAAAUCUGGCAAGAAAAACUUCACGUACACCAGUGAAGGCAGCCCACCCCAAUUAAACACUGAUGAUGAUGAUGAUUAACACACGCACAAUAGUCAUUUAAAAAAUAAAGGAGAGAAAAUUCCUCCAUUCACAAAUAAGUUGUGGAAUGGGACGAACGCCAUGUCCAUGUGACAUACUCGCGCCAUCCUUCUGCUGUUAACGCGUUUGCUCGGUGUUGAAAGUGACGUGGUCAUUUGAGACACUAAGCAUAACCUGUCAUUUUUUAACAGACAGUUUUGGAAGAUGGUGAAAAACAGAAAAAAAAAAAUCCAAAAAUAAGGAAACAAGUAACUAUAAAAACACAUGUAAUGUUUUAGAAUUGUGUGGUGUUAAAAAUGUCUCCUUCCACAAUAAAAGCAAGAAGAGAAUGAAGAUCUCCUGAAGAUCUUCUGAGGAUCUCUGAAUGCUCUGAAUUUGUGUGUGGAUUUGAGCUCUGAUAAUGAGCCGAACUCAGGACAUCAAUCUGUUCAUCAUAAAAAUGACAGCCUGGGUUUUUACAUGAAAUCAUUUUCUUCUAAGAUGACUAUUGUAGAUUUGUGGUCUUUAAGAUCUUUUGUAAAAUCAGGUAAAGAUCAAAUAAAACUCUUGAAUGGCA